AUGGAUAAGCACACGCAUACAACGGAUGGUGGAGAGAUACCGGUGGGAGACACUGAGAUCCGCGCAAUGGGAAGCGCUGAAGACGAAUCAAGAAAUAUUCAUAGUGUUCAGAGGGAUGCAAGGGCUAAUAGGCGUCAAAUUUUAGGAAACAAGCGAAAUUUCAAUGAUAUUCACUCUUCUAAUACAGAGUCAGCUGAUCUUUUAGAAUCCAGUUCUACAGAAAUUUUGACGAGAAGGAGUUUCUGCAAUGGAAUUGUUUUGACAGAGGUGCCUAUUUCGCAAGUUGAUGUGCCAGUGAGAAUAAACGUAGCAGAGAAGCAACCAUCAUUGCGUAAUCAAGAGUUGUUCAGAGGAAUGAUAUUGACAGACGUGCCUCUCAGCGAAGGGUAUGCUCCAAUACAUAAAGGAGCGAAGAGGCAACAAGUUCGCCAACAGACUUCAAAUCAAGUGAGAAUGGAUGUGAAUACGGUGGCAUGGAGUUCUACAACGCGUAUGAAAGCAGGGCGAAUUCAAAGGACGGAUUUGGAUUGUCCAGUCAAGAAAAAGUCGAAAGGGCAAGAGAUAAUGAAACCAGAUACUCUGCUUAACGUAUCUAAAAAUAACAGCGUAACCAUAUCUCAGCCUGUAAAGGAUCCAGAUUUUAUAACUUGGUCUUCUACAUUGUCAUCGAUACGAAGACAUGAUACUGGUUUAGUUAUCGACUGUGAUCCUACCCAGCCUUUAGAUAAGUCAUUCGCACCCGAAGUUGAUGUAAGUUGUCAGACAGCCCCGGAGGUGGAAACUUUUACUACAGUAGAUGAGAGUGAUGAAGAAGAUUCGGGUGAUGAGUACUGGGACUGUUCUAGCAAUGAUGCAGAUGAUUUGAACUCUGAUUCAGACAUUGACGAAAAUGGUACUCUCGCCCAGAGGCAGCAACGUCAGUUAUACAUUAACAAGGUGUCCGAAUGUUUUUCAAAUUCAUUUGGGGGGAAUACGCAGAGUAAUGCCAUAACUUCAGUGUCUGGACCGCCUACCAGAAAAGAAGAAGGAGGGAAAAUAGAUAAUUCUAUUAACACGGGAAAGGGUCCAAAAGUUUUCAAGAUGCAUGGGGAGAAUUAUCAUUUAAUUGGAAGUGUGAAGCCAAAACCUAACGAGACGGCAAAGUUUUCUCAGUUAUAUAUCCAUGAUACAGAGAAUGAAGUUCAAAAUCGAUUGUCUGCAUUGAGUGGGAACAAAGAGAAAAGCAAAAUUAGGGCGGAUCUGGUAAAGGAAAUUAUGGAAAUGUUGAGGGCAUGCAAUGUUCAUGUGAAGUCUUUUCGGAAUGUUAUGGAUAGAUUUAAUGACGCAGACGAUACGGAAACACUGUCUUUGGUCUUGCUCCAUACGCGUUUACAAGAUGGACGUGUUACCAAUCUACCCACAGCUUCGGAAGUAGCUGCGUUGGUUGUUGGUGAUUUUCGGGAGAAUAUGGACAAGCGUGAUAUUAUUCUAGAGAAAACGUCUGGGAAACUUAAGAGGAUAAAUGAGUUGCAUCCUUGCUAUCUACCUAUGCAAUAUCCUCUUAUUUUCCCUUACGGUGAGGACGGUUUUCGUCUAGGAAUAAAAAAUGGUUUCACAGGAAUAACUAAAAACAAGAAACCUAAUAUAAGCAUGAGGGAAUUUUUUUCCUAUCGGAUUAUGAUUCGCAAAGUUGGAUCGCAUGUUCUUCUUCUCAGCCGACGUCUACUGCAACAAUUUCUGGUUGAUGCAUAUACUAUGAUUGAAAGCCACCGUCUUCGAUUCAUCAGAAAAAACCAGGCAAAACUAAGGACGCUAAAGUUCAGUAAGUUUGUUGCUGCUGCAAAUGAGGGUCAUUCAAAUGUGUCUAUUGAGGGAAACCGCAUUAUCUUACCAGCUUCUUUCACUGGGGGUCCUCGAUAUAUGCAUCAAAUGUAUUUAGAUGCCAUGACGAUUUGCAAAUACUUUGGAUUUCCCUCUCUAUUUAUUACAUUCACGUGUAAUCCAAAAUGGCCUGAGCUGGAAAGGUAUAUGCAGAAGUUUAAUCUAAAGGCUGAGGACAGACCCGAACUGUGUUGUCGACUCUUCAAGAUUAAGUUGGAUAGGUUAAUGGACGAUCUUACAAAGAAAUAUCUGCUUGGGAAAACUGUUGCUGCAAUCUACACAGUCGAGUUUCAAAAACGAGGCCUUCCACAUGCGCAUAUUCUGCUAUUUAUGGAUGCGUUGCACAAGCUACCGGGAGCGGAAGAUAUAGAUCGUAUAAUUUCUGCUGAAAUCCCUGAUAAAGAGUCUGAACCGAGAUUAUAUGAAGUUGUGAAAAACAUGAUGAUUCAUGGGCCAUGUGGUGUUGUGAACAGAGGAUCUCCAUGUAUGGUAGAUGGACGAUGUAGCAAGUUUUUUCCACGGAAUUUUGUAGAGACAACGACAGUAGAUGCUCAAGGGUACCCCGUGUAUCGAAGAAGGGACAAUGGAGCUUUCAUUGAGAAGAAGGGAAUUAAAUGUGACAACAGGUUUGUAGUCCCCUAUAACAAGGAACUCUUACUUAGCUACAAUGCACACAUCAACGUGGAGUGGUGUAAUCAGUCAAGAUCUAUAAAAUAUUUAUUUAAAUACAUCAACAAGGGCCAAGAUCGUGUCACCGCAACAAUAACUCAAAAAUCGACAACUGAGUCUGCAGCUGAAGGGAAUACUGAUGCAUCUGGGGUCACAGCAGCCUCUGUCACUACGAACGCCUCAGAAAACGUUGAACCACAAGUUGAUGAAAUUAAAAAGUACUUUGAGGCCAGGUAUAUUUCUUCUUGCGAAGCAACGUGGAGAAUACUGGCUUUUCCAACGCAUUACCGAUCUACACCCGUGGAGAAGCUUACAUUCCAUUUAGAAGGCGAACAACCGGUUAUAUACAGGGAGGGUGAUACGGUUUCAAGUGUUAUGGAACGCAGUUUUUUAUGCAAGACAAUGUUCUUAGCUUGGUUUGAAUGUUGUAUCAAGUACCCCGAGGCGAGAGAACUGACAUAUGCGCAAAUGCCAACAAGAUUUGUUUACGACGCAAAACAGAAAGAAUGGAACCCACGGAAGAAAGGUUUUGCGAUAGGUAGAUUGGCGCCGGUAUCCCCAGGUUCAGGUCCGCAAUAUUAUCUAAGGGUUUUGAUAAAUAAGGUAAAAGGCCCAACGUGCUAUGCAGAUAUCAGAACUGUCAAUGGUGUUAUUCACCCGAGUUAUGAGGAUGCAUGUUUCGACCUUGGACUGUUGGAUGAUGACAAAGAAUAUAUUGAAGGUUUGAAAGAGUGUAGUUUCUGGGCAUCAAGUGGAUAUGCGCGCAAACUGUUUGCUAAGAUGUUGAUAUCGGAUAGUUUGUCUAUGCCUAAAUUAGUUUGGGAAGAAACUAAAGAUAUUUUGUCUGAAGAUGUGCUUUAUAUGGAGCGAAAAAAACGACGUAAUCCAGGUCUGAUUUUGACCGAAGAAGAGAUUCUUAAUUCAACUUUGAUUAUGAUUGAAACUAUUCUACGUCAGAAGAAUACUUCUUUGGAUAAAUGGACAACAAUGCCAAAGCCAGUGUAUAACUGUAAUUCCCUCUGCGAGAAUCAGUUGUUACAGGAUGAGCUCAACUAUCCAAGAGAUGAGUUGCGUGUUAAACACGCUGAAUGGCUUCCGCAGAUGACAGAUGAGCAAAGAUCAGUGUACGAGGAGAUAAUAUCUGCAGUUAUAAACAAAAAAGGUGGAGUUUUUUUUGUUUAUGGAUUUGGAGGAACAGGAAAAACAUUCAUGUGGAAUAUUUUGUCAGCUGCAAUACGAUCUAAAGGUGAUGUUGUACUUAAUGUGGCAUCCAGCGGCAUUGCCUCUUUACUACUACCUGGUGGGAGAACAGCUCAUUCACGGUUCGGAAUUCCUAUCAAUCCAGAUGAAUCCUCCACUUGCAAUAUUCAACCAGGCAGUGAUCAAGCCGAGGUAAUAGAAAAAUCUUCUUUAAUUAUAUGGGAUGAGGCACCUAUGAUGAGUAGACACUGCUUUGAAGCACUAGAUCGGAGUUUGGGUUAUAUUAUGAAGACUGCAGAUGGAACACCUUAUGGCGGAAAAGUUGUCGUUUUUGGAGGGGACUUCAGACAGAUAUUACCAGUUAUUCCAAGGGGAAAUAGGGCCGACAUUGUAAUGGCGACGCUUAAUUAUUCAUACUUGUGGAAGCAUUGCAAAGUUCUUCAACUGUCAAAAAAUAUGAGGUUGUUAGCAGAAACAAAUAUUCGCGAAGCUGAAGAGAUUAAAGAAUUCUCAGACUGGAUAUUGGCUUUGGGAGAUGGAAGAAUCAAUGAACCAAAUAGUGGAGAAGUUCUGAUUGAUAUUCCGAAAGAUCUAUUGAUUAAAGAGGCUAAUGAUCCAAUUCGUGCUAUUGUUUCAGAAGUAUAUGGAAACACUUUCAAAGAUUCUAGAGAUCCAAUAUUCUUUCAAGAAAGAGCUAUUUUGUGUCCAACAAAUGCAGAUGUUGAGGUGAUAAACAACUACAUGCUUGAUCAGCUAACAGGUGAGGAGAAGAUAUACUUAAGUUCUGACAGUAUCGAUCCAACUGAUACGAAAUCGCAAGAUGAUUCUAUUUUCUCUCCGGAAUUCCUCAAUAGUAUAAAAACUUCAGGGUUACCAAACCAUACUCUUAGACUGAGAGUUGGAACCCCUGUUAUGAUAUUAAGAAAUAUCGAUCCGGAAGAGGGUUUGUGCAAUGGAACGCGUUUACAGAUAACCCAGCUGGCAAAUCAUAUUCUACAGGCGAAAGUGAUUACAGGAACUAGAGUCGGUGAGAUCUAUGAGAUUAAGAAACCUGCUAUUCGUGUUCAAGUUAUUAGCAAAUGGAGGACCACAACUUCAGAGACAGAGCUGUUAGUUGUGGAUGAGAUGGGUAGUAAAAUUCAAGGAACAUUUCAUGAUGAAUGCAUGGAAUCAAACAAAAUCAUUGUCAAGGAAGACAUCUAUGGAUCUUUGGUGUUUGUUGGGAACCUUGAAUUUGUUGAAGUUGCUGCUGGUAUUGUGAAACCUAAAACGGUUUUUAGCUUAAUAAAUCCAGAGUACAGUCCUAUUAAUUGUGUUGCAUAUGGAACUACUGCUGUUGAAUUACUAACUUAUUGGAAUUCAAGGAAAGCAAAUGUUGUUUUGUGUGUGUUAAGUGUUUGGCAAAUUGAAAGGGACGAAGGUGGAUUCAGAUUCAUGACCAAUAUUGAAGGUUGUUCGAAGAUUGUAUUUGAGCCUAACAUUCCAGAGAUUGAAGAAUUUAGGAAAAAGAUUCCACCUCAUGCCUAUUGA